AUGUAUAGAUCACUCAUGGAAGGGACUGAUCAUCAAUCCGAACUUUUUGAAAAAGGAUGUAUAGAUCACCCGUGGAAUGAUAGGUACGAGUUGCAGGUUGCAAGUAGUUCCGUCCAUAAUCUGGGGCUUGGUUCACCCAGGAGGGUGUGGAAGAUAUUGCAAGCACUUCCCCUUCUUUCCCCGAUUUUGCUAUAUUUGAGGCCGCAGACAUGCCAGGAGGUGGGGCCUAAACCUAAUGGGAACCGCAGGAGAAGGGAAGAAUACAUUGGUGGUGGUGCGGCGCGAUGGUCUGUGAUGGAGGAGUGGGGGUUAGGCGUGGUGAGUGACACAGUUAGAGAGGGAGGAUGUGGUGGCUUCGGUGCGGCUCGUAGCGCGGUUAGGGUUUUCAUGGUGAGGUGCGAGAGUGACGAAUGA